AUGGCGUUUAUUAUAGAGGAGAGUGAAGACAUGAGGAUUGAAGAAGCAUUCAGAGUCAAACAAGAAGAUACUGAGGAACAAACAGACCCAAUGGCACUGAAGGAGGAGAAUCAAGAACUGAAAGAAAAUGAACAUAAAGAUCAGUAUGAAGAAACAUGCUUUCAUAACCGGAGAAAAUCUUUUAGCUGUUCACAGAAAAUGCCUGAAAACACUUUGUCACAAAAAAGAGCUCAAAAGACUGGAACUAGACGUCGUUUUACCUGCCAGCAGUGUGGAAAGAGUUAUACUAAUAAAAAUAGCCUCAAAUUCCACAUGAGAGUUCACACAGGAGAGAUACCUUACACGUGUCAACAGUGUGGAAAGAGUUUCAUUCGACCAGCAAGCCUCAAAGUCCACAUGAGAAUUCACACUGGAGAGAAACUGUUUACUUGCCCACAGUGUGGAAAGAAUAUCGGUCAAAAAGGACACUUUAUUAUCCACAUGAGAACUCACACUGGAGAAAACCCAUUCACCUGCCAACAGUGUGGAAAAAGUUUCAGUCGAAAAGGAAUCUUGAAAGUCCACAUGAGAACUCACACUGGAGAAAACCCAUUCACCUGCCAACAGUGUGGAAAAAGUUUCAAUCAAAAAGGAAAUCUUGACGGCCACAUGAGAAUUCACACUGGAGAGAAGCCAUUUGUUUGUGAUCAGUGUGGAAAGAGUUUCAGAUUUUCAGUAGCCCUUAAUCAGCACAUGAGGAUUCACUCAAGAGAGAACUCUGAAAUUAAUGUCAAUCAGACUGAAAAUACUUUGUCGCAAAAAAGAGCUCAAAAGACUGGAACUAGAUGUGAUUUUACCUGCCAACAGUGUGGAAAGUGUUAUACUAAUAAAGGUAGCCUCAGAGUCCACAUGAGAGUUCACACAGGAGAGAAACCUUACAUGUGUCAACAGUGUGGAAAGAGUUUCAAUCGACCAACAAGCCUCAAAAGACACAUGAGAAUUCACACUGGAGAGAAACCGUUUACUUGCCAGCUGUGUGGAAAGAAUAUCGGUCAAAAAGGACACUUUAAUGACCACAUGAGAACUCACACUGGAGAAAACCCAUUCACCUGCCAACAGUGUGGAAAAAGUUUCAGUCGAAAAGAAAACUUGAAAGUCCACAUGAGGAUUCACACUGGAGAAAACCCGUUCACCUGCCAACAGUGUGGAAUAAGUUUCAAUCAAAAAGGAAAUCUAGACGCCCACAUGAGAAUUCACACUGGAGAGAAGCCAUUUGUAUGUGAUCAGUGUGGAAAGAGUUUCAGAUUUAGAGGAGCCUUAGAUGACCACAGGAGGAUUCACAGUGGAGAGAAGAUUUAAGUGUCUUCUGUGUGAAAGGAGUUCACAUAUCAUAGACACGAAAAGUCAUUUGCAAACUCACUCUGGACAGAAAUGACAAAGUUCCAAGUGUGAAAAGAGAUUUACAAAAAGGAGCAAUUUAAAAAAAUCACCUGCUUGUUCAUUCUGGAUGAAGCUGAUUUAAUUGUGAUCAGUGUCACAAAAAGUUCUUUUUCAGAUGCAUGUGGAAAGUCAUGCAUACAGUAGACCCUAUUCUUGUUCUUUUUGUGGACAGAGUUUGAAGUGGCUCAGAAUGUGCCUCAAAUUCAGAUACUCCAUGUUCCUAAAAGAAUCCACCAUGAUCAUCACAAGUGGUUUGGCCAUGUUCAGAUAGUUCAUUUGCAUUCUACUUCUCUUUAAACUUUAAAUUGAAGCUUUUUAUUUUCUUUUGUCAUGUUCAUAUGAAUGCAUGUGGCCACACCCAUUCAUCUUCUUUGCUAUAAUUUAAAAUAUUGAGCAGUUAUGGUAGAUGCUCUGAUUUAAAAUGUAUAGAGUUGUUGCUGAUUUAUUAGAUUAAGGACAAUGCGUUGAAAUUAAUAAAUUGCAUAAAGCCAUCUACACUGCAUUCAGAAAGU